AUGGCCUAUCCUCGAGAGGUCGAAAUCACUAGCCCUCACAGAACAGUGUCCGCCGUACCCGAAAGACCUUUCUUGAAGCUACUUCUCGUUGCUCAGGAUAUAACAAUCGAUGAGACGCUGCUCGUUGGAGGCGUCAACGGCUCCUACAACACUUAG